UCAUUGCAAUUUAUAGCAAUUUGGUCCUAUGGACACUAACAAACAAAAAUAUCCUAAAGGAUUAACUCAAUACAAUGAGCUACCUGCGUGAUAUAAAUAGCCGACAAUUCUUUAACACAACCAACAUUCAACAAAGAUUCCUCAUCCUAUCAACAUCACAUACAGCAAACCUAUGACAAUGUUUAUUUACAUCAUUAUUCAUUUUCUUCUCCUCCUUGAGAUCUGUCAAGGAUCCCUGUUGCAUCAACUGAAUUACAUGGCUGCCCAAAGCAUUUACGCCAAAAAAGUUUACAGCCCACUGCAAGUUCCCUUCUCGCUGGAUAAUGUGAUACCAUCAAGCAUGGAAAUGGCCAUGGAAAAUUGCCAGCGAUCAUUCAAAUGGGAACGUUGGAAUUGCCCCACAUCUGAUUUUAUUUUGAGACGCAGUGCCAAAUCAGCAGAAUUGGAUCGUGAGGGAGCCUAUGUGGAAGCCAUAGCAACAGCGGCCAUAAUUUACACCAUCACCAAGAACUGUUCCAGUGGCAUAACAGCGGGCUGUGGUUCCUGCUCGGAUAAUCCAUAUACACCAAUUUGUUCGGAUAACCCCCGAGAAGCCGAAGAACUCUUGAGGAAAUAUAGGAAUAUCAAAUUUCCCCACGAUUUCAGAGGCAAAAUUGAGGCUCACAACUACAAAGCCAUUACAAAUCUUUUGGGAAAAUCUCUCAUCAAACAGUGUGCAUGUGCCAUUAUGGGUCCAGGUGGCAUAUGUGCCAAAGAAUUUUGUCGCCAAGUUUUGAAGCCAUUUGAAGAGAUUUCCGAUGACAUUCGUCAGAUGUACGACGAAGGUAUUCUUUUGGAAAACACAAUUAUCAACUCUCGUAUCUUGUGGGACAAUAUUCCCCUGGAUGUCUUGGUCUUUAUGCGGGACUCCCCCAACUACUGCGAACUGGAUGCUGUGCCACAUUGGAAUGGCAUGGUGGGACGUCAGUGUGCAGCUGGAACGAGCAAUGGCGAUCUGUCGGAUGAGGAUCAAGAGAGAUGCAAUCAUCUUUGCCGCGAGUGUGGUUACACGUUGGAAGAGAAGAACGUCCUGACCGAAACUCGCUGUAAUUGUAAAUUUACGUGGGAUUUUCGAUUGCAGUGCGACUCUUGCCUUAUUGCAGAGAAACAUUACUAUUGUUAUUGAAUAAAUGGGUGAUGUUUUGGGGAUUCUUAUACUCGCCGGGCGAGAUAUAUAGAAAUUCAUACGAAUAUAAUUAGAAUAAUUUAUAGAUAAUACGAUUUUCAAAUAAAAUUUACGAAAAUGUUAAA